GGGAGGAAGAGCAGCCUUGGCGACUCAGGGCCAUGGCGCAGAAUAGACACUGGGAAAUACAGACUCUCGGAGGAGUGGGAUGAGAUGGGUAUACAGAUAGGGUACAAACCCGAAGUGCUAGACUGGCGGGAUGAAGCUGAAGCUUUGAGUCCUGCAGCUUCCUAGGAGAACUCAACCACUCUUGCACAUUUUUAGUUUUUGAGACGGAGUCUCACUCUGUUGUCCAGGCUGGAGUGCAAUGUCUCGAUCUCGGCUCACUGCACCCUCCACCUCCCGGGUUUGAGCGAUUCUCGUGCCUCAGCCUCCCAAGCAGCUGGGACUACAGGCGUGGACAACCACGCCCAACUAAUUUUUUUGUAUUUUUAGUAGAGAUAGGGUUUUACCAUGUUGGCCAGAUUGGUCUCGAACUCCUCCUGACCUCAAGUGAUCUGCCUGUCUCAGCCUCCCAAAGUGCCGGGAUUACAGCCGUGAGCCACUGUUCCCGGACUCCCUUCACUUCUUGAAGGAUCACAGUGCGCACUAGGAAAUGGGAGGGGGGCGGGUAGGCUUACCUCCAUCUAGAGGUGUUCGGAUUCAGAAUACUCGCUGACACUCUGCAUAGUCUGCCCUUCAGUCUGGUGGAGGAGAGAAAUUAUAGAACAAGCAAUUACAGAAAUUAUCGAAUUAGGGAAAAAGCCAUAUAGAAGAAGAUGACCUCAGCUGACUUUCCUACUGAAUGGACAAUCAGACCGUUCUGGCUGUCCAGUCAUUAUUGGAUGGCCAAGGAGCAGUCCCUGAUCCAACUGGCCAGAGUGUUAAUGCACCCCCUGCUAUCCAGCCAUUGGAUGACGAGGAUGUCUUUCUCUGUGGGAAGUGUAAGAAGCAAUUCAACUCACUGCCAGCGUUUAUGACCCACAAGCGGGAACAGUGCCAGGGGCACACCCCUGCCCUGGCCACAGUCUCACUGGCCACCAACAACAUCUACACACCUUCAGCAGCCCCCACAGCGGUCCAGCAGGCCCCGCCUCCUGCCAAUCGCCAGAUUUCCACAUACAUCACAGUGCCCCCAUCCCCACUGAUCCAGACCCUGGUACAGGGGAACAUCUUGGUGAGCGAUGACGUGCUCAUGUCUGCCAUGUCAGCCUUCACAUCCCUGGACCAGCCCAUGCCCCAGGGCCCCCCACCUGUGCAGAGCAGCCUAAACAUGCAUUCCGUGCCCAGCUACCUCACCCAGCCUCCACCCCCUCCUCCGCCUCCUCCACCACUGCCCCCACCACCACCACCUCAGCCCCCACCACCUCCACCCCAGAGCCUGGGCCCCCCUGGGCGUCCCAACCCUGGAGGGAACGGUGUGGUGGAGGUAUACAGUGCUGCUGCGCCCCUGGCUGGGAGUGGAACCGUGGAGAUCCAGGCGCUGGGGAUGCAGCCCUAUCCACCCCUGGAGGUGCCAAACCAGUGUGUGGAGGCUCCAGUAUACUCCAGCCCUGCCGUGUACAGCCCUGGCAAGCAGGGAUUCAAACCCAAAGGACCAAACCCCACGGCCCCCAUGACCAGCGCUGCCGGGGGCACGGUGGCCACUUUUGACUCUCCACCAAUGCUGAAGACCCGACGGGCUAAAGGUGCCAGGGGACUCCCCGAAGCUGCAGGGAAGCCAAAGGCUCAGAAACUCAAGUGCUCAUACUGUGACAAGUCAUUCACCAAAAACUUCGACCUGCAGCAGCAUAUCCGAAGCCACACCGGCGAGAAGCCCUUCCAGUGUAUUGCAUGUGGCCGUGCCUUUGCCCAGAAGUCUAAUGUUAAGAAACACAUGCAGACCCACAAGGUGUGGCCUCCAGGACACAGUGGUGGCACCGUGUCUCGAAACUGUGUGACUGUACAGGUCAUGGCCCUGAACCCCAGCAGGCAGGAGGACGAGGAAAACACAGGGUUGGGCCAGCCCCUGCCGAGUGCACCACAGCCCCAGGCCUUGCCCGCCACCGGUGAGGAUGAGGGAGACAAGCUGGAGCCCAAGCAGGUGGUCCUCAUCGACAGCUCCUACCUGUGCCAGUUCUGCCCCAGCAAGUUCAGCACCUACUUUCAGCUCAAGUCUCACAUGACCCAGCAUAAAAACGAGCAGGUGUACAAAUGUGUGGUCAAAAGCUGCGCCCAGACAUUCCCAAAACUCGACACAUUUCUGGAGCACAUCAAGAGCCACCAGGAGGAGCUGAGCUACCGCUGCCACCUCUGCAGCAAGGACUUUCCCUCACUGUACGACCUGGGCGUGCACCAGUACUCCCACAGCCUCCUGCCGCAGCAUAGCCCCAAGAAGGACAGCGCCGUCUACAAGUGUGUCAAAUGUGUCAACAAAUACUCUACCCCUGAGGCCCUGGAGCACCACCUGCAGACCACCACUCACAACUUCCCCUGCCCACACUGCCAGAAGGUGUUUCCUUGUGAACGCUACCUGCGCCGUCAUCUGCCCACCCACGGCAGCGGGGGCAGGUUCAAGUGCCAGGUGUGCAAGAAGUUCUUCCGGCGGGAGCAUUACCUCAAACUGCACGCUCACAUCCACUCAGGUGAGAAGCCCUACAAAUGCUCAGUGUGCGAGUCUGCAUUCAACCGCAAGGACAAACUGAAGAGACACAUGUUGAUCCACGAGCCCUUCAAGAAAUACAAAUGCCCUUUCUCGACGCACACAGGCUGCAGUAAGGAGUUCAACCGACCGGACAAGCUGAAGGCCCACAUCCUCUCCCACUCUGGCAUGAAGCUCCACAAAUGCGCCCUGUGCAGCAAGUCCUUCAGCCGCCGUGCCCACCUCGCUGAGCACCAGCGUGCCCACACGGGCAACUACAAGUUCCGCUGUGCUGGCUGUGCCAAGGGCUUUUCCCGCCCCAAACACCUCAAAGAUCACCGCUGUCGUCUUGGCCCCCAAAAGGACAAGGACCUGCAGACCCGGCGUCCCCCCCAGAGGAGGGCAGCCCCCCGCAGUGGCAGCACUGGUGGGCGCAAGGUGGUGACCCCCUUGCCUGACCCGCUGGGGCUGGAGGAGCUGAAGGAUGCAGGGGCUGGGCUGGUGCCCGAGGCUGUCCCUGGCAAACCGCCCUUCGCAGAGCCGGACGCGGUGCUGUCCAUCGUUGUGGGAGGUGCAGUGGGCGCAGAGCCGGAGCUCGUGGUACCUGGGCAUGCUGAGGGGCUGGGCUCCAACCUGGCUCUGGCGGAGCUGCAGGCCGGGGCUGAGGGCCCCUGUGCCAUGCUCGCUGUGCCUGUCUACAUCCAGGCCUCGGAGUGAUGGAGCUGGGGUGUCUGUUUCCUGGGCAGGCCUGUUGCUCCUGUUUGGGUCCAGGCAGACUGGAGAUCCUUCCCAGUGGAAGCGAGCCAUCAAGACAUUGGCAGAAAUCCUGCUGAAUGUAAUUCAUAAACCUUGGCCCGUGGCCACCCUCCUGGUCCUUUCUCCUGCAAAGCCCUGGAACAUUCAGGGUCGUGGGCAGGGCUGCCCAUGUGGAUAGGGCUGCCCAUGGCAGAGCCGUGGCAGGAGAGAGAUGGCUGGAGCCUGAGCAGACUGGGGUCCGGCUGUCAGGCUGGUGAUUGGGCCCCCUAGGAGAGAAGACAGGGUGGUCCUGUCCACCCUGCCUCCAGGCUGCCUCCUGGUGGCCUCUAGCCCGAUGCUCUUCAGGAUGCCUGCCAUGGACGGAGUUUAGCUAUUGGACCUUUUCACAGACGGUUCCCCAUAGCAUCCUCAGACAGCUCUGUGAUGUAGGCUUUUAGGAGGCACUCAAGUGUCACGGCUAGACUGCAGCUAUGAGACAGAUCUGGCUUCAAAUCCAAGAGUUGCCACACACUUGUUGUGUGACCUUGGGCAAGUCACUUCACCUCUCUGAGCCCCGUGUUCCUCAUCUGUACAAUGGGGCUUACGAUGCUACUACCUCAUAGGGUUGUCCUGGGGAUCCAGUAUGAUGAAAUGCACCAGGGGCUUGAUAUGGCACCCGGCACGCAGAAAGUGCUCAAUAAAUGUUUUUGUUGUAACAUG